CCUUCAUUUCGGAAAAUACUCAACAGACUGUAGAUACGACCGUCUCACACACCAUGUUCACACCUGUCGAGUCGGCCCUGGGAGCGAUUCUCCUCCAACAAGCAUCGACCGCCCUCCUCUUCAACAAUGGGUGUGUCCUCGGAGCCUCCGGUCAACUCCGGGGGAUCCUGACCGGCCCCACGUUCAAGACCUCUGCCUUCAUCGCAGGGAUGGCCUUGAGCGUGUUUGUUACAAAGACGAUAUUUCCAACUCUCAUACCACACUAUGACGUUCCUCAACAAGACUGGAACGAUUCUUUGUGGAUUGUCGGACUUGGUACUUUGACUGGAUACGGAACCAAGAGCUGCAAUGGUUGUACUUCAGGACACAUGUUGUGCGGCGUCAGUCGUCUCUCGGCUCGAUCUCUGAUUGCCACACUCACCUUCAUGGUCGUCGCCUAUGUCACCCACCAAUAUGUGGUGCCAUCAUCGUCAACCAAAUUUUCGUCCUCGAACUGUCCCGCCGGUGUCGACUGUUACGCACCCGUCUACCCGAACUCAGACUUGGUCGUCAACCUCGUCCUGGCGAUAACAGCAUCAAUCGUCAGCCUACAUCUCAUUCCGAGCAUCGUGUUCCGCGUUGCGAACAAAAGCGAGCUUGCAGGUCUAGCCAGUCGAUUACUCGUCGGGUUCACAUUCGGCUUUGGUUUGUUGGUGUCAGGAUUUGCCGAUCCUGUAAAGGUCUUGUCCUUCUUUUCCGUCUCCUUUGGACCUUUGGAUAUCACCGCAUGGGACCCGUCCUUGGGGUUUGUGGGUCUCUUUGCUAUCGUCCCAAACAUCAUCUGGUGGAAUUUCGCUACCGCCGAACCCCCAAACAGCGCCCCCGAAUGCAAAGGCCCUCCAAAAUACAACAGGCGUUAUGAACUACCGACGACCUCUCUGAGCAGUAUCACUUUGCGGUUCAUGAUCGGUGCCGUCCUGUUCGGAGUCUCAUGGGGUGCUUCUGGUAGUUGUCCCGGUCCUGCGAUCUUGAGAACCUUGGUUCAGCCUUGGUGGGGAGUGUUGUGGAUGGAGGGGUUCUUGAUGGGUAGUCUAAUACCAUUUUAAGCACUGGGUUAUGAGCGACAAUGUACCAAGGCUGUCAAUGUAUAUUCGCCCCUCUUGUUCCUACAAACUUCUGUGACUGGCGGGGUGGAUGGGACUUACGGCGCGGUAAUUCAGACUUUGGGGCUGAGCAUACAAUAAUCUGGUUUGAGGACAUUCGUGUUGAUCAACAACACAAAGUGUAUAUACUUUUUCAAAAGUCGUAUGCUUUAAACAAGGCUAUCUAGAAAAAAAGGGUCUCCGGUUGGACAAGUCGCACCUCACGCGCAGCAGCGGUCUAGAUGCACGAUGUCCAUGAUGAUGACACCACUCCACCACCA